AUGUUCAAGGCCUUCAAAAACCUUCCUCCUAAGACUCGGGCUGGAGUCGGCGUCGCGAUCCUCGCCUGGGGAGGAGUUGGCCUGUACCUCUCUGACCGUGCUGAGGAGGAAUACCCGGCGACUGAGGAAGACAAGGCCAAGUUGAGCCAGUACACGCCGAAGAUCAUUGUCGUGGAUAACGACAAAACUCAGGGCCGCUAG